AAAGUCUUAUAGACAUGUGUAUUAAUAGAUCUCACACACCAUGCAAAACUCUCAUUAAAAAUUAUAUCAGUAAGUGAAUUCGAUCAUGAAUGGAGAAUCUGAGAUGGAUGUGAGGAAGUGAUAUACAAAAAGGAUUGGCGAUUUUAGGCAAACGUCUGUCUACAGCACGUUUCCAUACUGUUGAAUAAACGCUAUUGUCGAUAAUGUAAUUGAAAAUGUGGCAUAAAUACGGCAGAAUAUCAGGACAACAGUAAAACAACAUUCUGAUGCUAAUUUGGUCAACGCCCACAGCAUUGGACUCAAUUGACAGCAAAUGUCUAUAAAUAUGUGAUUCAUCAAUGUUCGAGAAGUUGAACUGGUUAACACUUGCUUUCAAGAUACGUUCAUAGUUUCGAGGUGUAGUGAAAACCCUUGCUUGAAGUAUUUGGUGAAAUUUACUGCGCAGAAUAUUAUUUCUGAUCACAAUUAUAAAAACAGUUUUAUGAUUUGCUUCAACGAUAAGUGAUUUAAGUGUAUGUGAGCAAUUCACUAAAAAUAAUUUGGUAGUACCAGCGUCUUGAAAAAAUGAGUCAAAAUUCACCUAUAGUGGAAAUAUCUCAGGGAAAACUGAAAGGGGCCAUCUGGAAGGACUACGAUGGCAAUGAUUUCUAUACAUUUCUGGGAAUUCCUUAUGGAAAGCCACCUGUGGGAGAAUUGAGGUUCAAGGCACCUGUUAUUGCAGAAGCAUGGAAAGGAAUAAGAGAUGCAAGUGUGGAAGGAAGUAGAUGCUUUUCAAGGCAUGAACGAACUGGAGAGAUUGGAGGAUCAGAGGAUUGUUUGAAUUUGAACAUCUACACCAAAGCACUUCCACACGAAAGUAAUCAACUCAGACCUGUAAUGGUGUAUAUACACGGCGGAGGAUUUACAAGUGGAUCGAACAGUCCAAAAAUGUACGGCCCGGAGUUGCUCAUAACAGAAGACAUAGUGAUGGUAGCAAUAAACUACCGCAUUGGGAUAUUCGGAUUUCUCUGUCUGAAAGACCCUUCUCUGGAAAUACCCGGAAACGCCGGUUUGAAAGAUCAAGUCCUGGCUCUGAGAUGGAUACGAGAAAACAUCGAAAAGUUUAAUGGCGAUCCCAACAACAUCACAAUAUUUGGCAAUAGUGCUGGGGCUGUAUCUGCGAGUUAUUUGAUGCUUUCACCAACCGCCAUAGGGUUAUUCCAUAAAGUUAUACUACAAAGCGGUUGCGCUUUGAAUUUUUAUGGAGAUGGAAAUUGGGUGGCUCUAAAAAUUGCGAAAUUUCUCGGAGAAGAAGUGGAAAGUGAAGAAAAGGCAUUACAAGUUAUUAAGAAUGCAUCUAUGGAAGAGUUAAAUGAAGUCAGAGAGAAAAUGAGUGUGGAUUUCAAAGCAUCAACACAUAGACACUUUGGAGCAGUUAUCGAGUAUCCAAAUUCAUCAGCAUUCCUAACAAAACAUCCCUUAGAAAUCAUCCAAUCUGGAGUGUACAACAAGGUGCCAAUGAUGAUAGGGUAUAAUACGCGAGAGGCUAUGUUGAUGUUGGGUGAAGGGCCCGUAAAGGAAGUGAAUCCAGAAGAUCAAAUUCCAUGGCAAAUGGGGUUAGAGAAAGGUAGCAAGGCGUGGGAGACUGUCUGUGAUAAAAUAAGAGACUUCUAUUUGAAAGGGAAGAAUAAAUCCGAUCCUUUUCUGCCUGCUACGGAUGCCUUAUUCAUUACUGGAAUCAUUGCUACAAUAAAACACCACCUGGUCAAUUUGGGCAAACCGAUUUUUUUAUAUAGAAUGAGUCUUGAGGCGCGAUUGAAUCUACUGAAAGUCCUCUUAAAAGCGGAGAAGCUGCCUGGUGCUUGUCAUGCAGACGAAUUGGGGUAUCUAUUCAAAUCCGACCAAAUGACCAAUGUUGAAGCAGGAAGUAUAGAAGACUUGUCAAUCAGAAGAUUCGUGAAACUGUGGACCAAUUUUGCUAAAUAUGGAAAUCCAACGCCAGAUAAGAAACAUGUGAACAUCAUAUGGAAACCUGUAGAGGAGGAUAAAAUUCACUUUCUGAAUAUUGGGAAAGUAUUGGCAUUGGGAGAAGAUCCAGAAAAAGAAAGGAUGGAAUUUUGGAAAGAAAUAUUUCAGUACAGUCCUGUGACAGAAAAAUUAUUACCUUAGUUGUUCAUUCUAAGGAGAAAAAUAUUUCAC